AACGCUCAUUUGCAUUAAUUGCGUGAACUUCGUCGAAAAAAUAUGUGAUCUGACAGAGAAGAUUCUCCAAGACGAAGUUACGUGUUCAUCUUGUGCUUGAAAAAAUGAUGAUAACUUAUAGCCUGAUGUCAUAGCUUCAUAUUUAAUAAGUUCGAGCGGAAAAGAUGCUGCUUUACGUCGAGAGCAGUGCUUUUGUGGUGCAUACAUUUGUGUUGCAAUGUAGUGCACGGGACACCCUGGCCCGUAUUAGAGCCAAGCUUCUCCACAUCCUUUAUGUGAUGGGACGUGAGGAUCAUCAGUUCAGACUUCGAUUCAAAGGACAGUAUCUGAGAGAUGCUUACACAUUGGAUGAUUACCUUAUUGGAGACCGAUGUAUCCUGAAGAUGGUUCCAAUGGCCAAGAGGCAAGAGUCAUUUGUUGAUAUGAGAAGCAAAGGAAGACAUGAUUUAGGAGCUGGACAAACAGAAGAGAUCAAAACUAGUCUUAUUCAUGAGGUUGCUAUGCUUAAGUGGAGAGAGACAAUGCUCGGUGAUUUCAGGGCUUCUAUCUACAUUAACUGGUUGUUUGUGUUGUUUGCAUUCUUCACAACUUAUUGGUACUCUGGGUUAUGGACAGGAGUGAUAGCCCUGUAUGGAUUGCUUCAAUGUCCAUCAUUCUCUCAUAAGGCUGGCUUCGUUGGACCAUCAAGUCUCUGGCCCAGAUUCUUCCUAGCAAUCUUCAAUGUGCUGACCAUGUUAAACUGGGGAGCAUCUGUAGCAUUAGCUAUCCUUUCUCUUCUAUCUGUGUUGAACUUCAACUGCACACCAAUUGAUGAAGAUGAUGAUAGCUGCAGUAUCCAGUAUGUAAAUCUGAUCUAUUCUUUAGUCUACUAUGGUCUCCAUGUGAUCUAUAUGUUUGGUAUCUGGUCAGCCGGUUGGUCUCUCUUCUAUAACUUUCGCUUUGAGAUUGGUGACUACUUAGAGAAUGAACUCAUUAUCAGUCGUGAUGUUGAGAAGGUCAUUGAAAUUGCAAAAAAUGGAAGGUUGAAGGAACAGCGUCAGGCGGCAUUUGAAUUGGCAACAUUAGCAACAGCAGGAGAUGAUAGCAAGUUCAGGAUUGUAGCAGAAGGAGGAUUAGAGGUUUUGAUCACACUUGGAUUAUCAUCUGAUGAAGCUAUUCAGGAGUAUGCUACUGAAGCCUUGGCUGAACUUCUUGUUGUUCCAGCUAUUCAGGAUCAAUUUGUUGAGAGUGGUGGCAUACGAACCCUCACUACCUUAUUGCACUCAAGGAACACUCGUUUGGUACAAGAAGCAAUCACUGCUCUAUCUUACAUUGUAUCAGACUCUGAAGAUAAUAAACAUGCUGUCAUUUCUGACCGUGGUUUAGAGGACUUGGCUCAUGCAGCUAAGACUGGAUCUGAUACAACCAGGCGAUAUGUGGCUGGAAUCUUUCUGGACUUGGCUUUUAGUUCUGAGAUUAGAAGCCAGAUGGCUAGCAUGAUCACACCAACUGGUGCUUUAGUAUCAUUGUGUACCAGUCAAGAUAAUGAGACUCUCAGACUUGCUCUUCAGACCUUAGAACUUGUAGCCAUAGAGAGCUCAGAUGUCAUUCUGGAACAGGAGGAUUUAUUACCCAAUUUAUUGAACAUCACAAGUAAUAGUUUGGAUUCUGGUAUCUACCUACUAGCAGGAAAGAUUUUACUCUACUUUGCUGAGAAUACUGAGUCAUGUGAUAACCUGCUAUCCCAAGAGAGUUUAACCAACACAUUAACUCAGUUUGUAGAAACUAAGGAUCCAACCUUACAGAAGGUUGUUACUAAGAUCAUCAUGUCUGCAACCGAAGAAAGAAAUCUGGCACUGAAAGCAAAGGACUUGCAGUUAGAUGAGAUCCUAGUCUUGAUGCGUGAGAGUAGCACAGACAGAGAAGCUUGGAACAUGGCUGAUCAAGGUAUAGCCAUCUUUCAGGAUCCUAGCUAUCCUGACAAUGUGAUUAACAGAACAGAAGAGGCUACUACAUCAUCAGAACACAGCAGUUCUACCAUGGAUCUAAGCAAAGUACCUGCUCUGAAUUGGGCCAGUCCUGAUGAGAGGAAGGCUGCAAUGGCAUCUCCUACUCCCGGGUAUGGUGAGGGAGACAUGGCAAAGGCUGGGGCGAUGGGUGGAGUCGAUGAUAUGACCGCUUCUACAGGAUCACUGAGAGCUCGCUAUAAAGAUAAGAUGGGUUCUCUUUCAUCAUUUAAAAAGUAGGAAUCUCCAUCAAUUUUAUCAAGUAGAUAAACAGCAUUUGUAUACUGCCAAUGAUCUAUAAGAAACAUUCAAAGGCGCAAGGAACAAAUGUUUUACACAGUCUCUGUUGCUGAGAACAAACAGGGCAGUAUAUGAAUGCUUGAAAAACACAAGCUAUAUAAAUGCUGCUUACUCUAACAACUGAUAUGUGAUGGCCCAAGAACGAAAUGAUGUGCCUUACCAUAGAUUUUUGGAUUCAGAAAUAAACAAAGUAUCUCCAUUUUUAUUUAUUUUUUAUGAAAAGACUGCCAAGCAUCAUGUAUUAUGGAAUUUUCACAUUUUGGUCUUGACCCAACUAACAGAUGUUCUCUAUUACCCAGAGUAGAAAUGUUUUUUAUGAUCAGUAAUUGCUGUACUGUAUUUUCUCCAUCGUCUCAAAAAGUGUUCUCACUCCUGCAGACCUGUCAUGGCCUGCAUUGGGAUUGUCUAUUUAGAUUAGACGGGAGAAUAUAAUUAGCUAAGCCGUAAAGAAUGUAAUCUGAUAUUUUCAGAGGUUUUCAUGUUGUGUAUCAGCAAAUUACUGGAUCACCAUAAAACAGAAUGAACGUGUUGAAGAGGUUUUACCUGAGAAAAAAAAUGAAAAUACAAUUUAGAGGGCAAUACUAAUUGCAUUCAACCUCCAUUAUGUUGGUUCUUAAAGUUAUUUUAUUUGUCUGUUUUGUAUGUUCCUAUGAAAACUUCUAAUAAUCUCGAAUUAUCAUGGACCCAACCAAGUAGUCUGUGAAAUGAAGUUAAUAGAGGAUGAGACGUACAAAUACAAGGCAGUUGAUAUGGCACCCCCCCCCCUCCUAUUGACUACGAGGAUAUAUGUGAUAUUCUAGACGAAUGUAUAAAAUAAUAAAAAAGUAUCAAUAUAUUAAAAGUGGCUAUUAAACUCUCUUUUUCAAGUAUUAUAUCUAAUGAGUGUUGUGAUAUAAUUGUCAUGUGUUGAAAAAAAUUUCAAGACCAUAUGUUCAUCAUUCAUAGGAAAAGCAUUGUUUUGAAUCACAUUAUUUUCUGUCAAUGGACCUGGUAGAAAAAAUGAAAUAAUGUACAUGUAUUGAUAAUUCAAUUCAAGAAUUUUACAUUAGGCUAAAAAUACAAGUAAGGUUUGUGGUGUAUUUUUUUUAUGUUUAAAGUGAUGUGUGUGUGUGUGUCUAUAUGUCUUAUGUACUAGGGAUUUGUACAUACCUUUAAAAAUUCAUGUUUAACAGUUAUAUCAUGUCUCAUGUUUGUUUCCUUUUUAUUUCAUGUUUGUUACAUGACAAUGAAAACCAUACAACUCUUUGUAUCAAUCAAUUGUACAUUACUAAUAUCUAGAUGCUUAGUAUUUGUGACCUUCACCUUUAAAUCAGAGGGUUAAGAGUUGCCAUAGCAUUAAUCCACAUCCUACUGCACUCAACCUGUCAAGAAUUCCUUGAAACAUUUGAUGCACCUUAAUGAUGUCUGGUUGACAUCCUGAGUAGUCUGCAGUGUAGAUAGGAGUAAAAUAUGUAUUGAAUCAGAUAUUGUUGGUUUCAGAUUCAAUAAUUAAUUGAUAGGGGUAGAAAUUGAAAAAGGUAAUGAAAUGUGUGUAGAUUCAACUUUCUUCAUUUGUUUCAGUGGCAAGAGCCACCAUCCAUUGGUGUACAAAUGUAUGCUCCCUUAGAACAAAAAAAAAUUGUCAUUUAUUUAAUAUGUUAAUAUUCUCUGUAUAUUUUAAGCCUUAUUAACUGAUCUACUAUCCGUCCAUUAAAUGUUUUGUAUUUAUAUUUUAUAGUUCUAUCUCCAAUUUGAAAAUCAUGCUGUAUACAAUAUGAAUAAAUCUCUUUAAAUCAAAUUGUUGGUUUGUAAUUUUGUACCAUCAGCGUUCAAAGAGGAGUUAUCAAAACAUGUGCAUGUACCAAAUCUUUUAAUGAAUCAUCAAAAAGUCAAGCUUGUGUUAAAAUGAAGAAAUUUGGAGCUGGGAACUUAAUCAUAGAGGUAUUCAGAUCACUUUUCAGUUUGGUCAGUGGAAUGUGAUAUACCAAAUUUUUAAAGAAAAAAUGGAAAUCAAAGGGCAUUAUUUCUGCUUUAUUUUCUACAGAAUAUUUUCAUUCAAUACACUCUUCAAACCUAUCAAUAGCAUACAUUUUCUACAAAGAGAUAACUGAGGUUCAAAGGUUAGUUUAACUCACCUUUGAAGACCCAAACCAGCUUUUAAAAGAGUGCUUUUCCAGCCUCACCUUGAUGUCAUUCUGUGUUAGAAGCGUAGUGAUUUCUUAGGUUUGUACUCGAUAAAACAGUUAUUUUUCUACUUUUCAGAUAACGCAUUGAUUUUCUUCACAUAGAUAUACCAUAAGUAGCUUUUCAUGUUAGGCUAAAUAUGUGAAACCUAUAGCUUUGCACUAGUUUUUAUAUCCCACCUAUUUGGCACAGCUUAUCAGCCCUACCUGCAUUCAAAUUAUUGGUACGUGUAACAUGUUUUCCUGACAAGUUUUUGGAAAAAAAAAAGCAUCACAAAAACCUAUGCAUCCAUUUGCAUAGAAAUUAACUAUGCACAUCAAUGUCCCCUCAUGGGUGUGCAGUACUGGUAAAUAACAGUGACGAUCACUUAUAAUAUUAAUAAGACAUAUCGCGCAAAAUCCACUCUGUAGAGUGCUCAAGGCGCUUUUAAGGAAAUUAUAAUAAAAGAAAUUAAGAAGAAUUGAAGAAAAAUGUUUUAAGGUGUUUGAAAGUUUCAGAGGUCAAGCACUGUUUGAUGUUUUUAGGAGGCUAUUCCAUAACUUCGUAAACAAAUGAUCCUCCCCAGGUUUUGGAAAUACACUUAUGUCUGAGAAUGCUACAUUCAAAUCAUACAUAAAAUAUUAUUGUACACAUUACCAAGUGAUUAAGUCAAAGAUCCGUAUAUCUAAUUUUUCUCAGAAAUAAUCAUUACAACUGACAAAUAAACACAAUCUCCAUGUAUAUUGCUUUUUUAGCUAUUUUUACAGAAUUUGAAAAUAAAAUAAUAGAAUUCAUGAUCUGGAAAUCAAGAAAAUAUCUUUCCUACGUAUAAACCUAUGCAACCACAGUCCCGACACACUGUGACAUCAUAUCAGUCGGGCUGUUCUAUUGUCCAAAUCUAUUAGUUUUUCUAAAAGCAAAAUACUUAGUGUGACAAGUAGUGAAUACGCAUAAAACUUGCAUUGUCUUUCUUUAUAGCUUAAAGAAUUUCACUUUUAGCUCUGGUAUGGGUCUUUAAGAUAACAGUCCCUAGGCUUCUUAAACUUGAACAUGAAAGUAUGGAUGACUCUGCUCGAAAUAAGGAAAGAAACAUUACUUCCCAUUGGGUUGUGUAGCAAAAUGAUCGAGAGAAUGGGAACAUCCUAAACAAAACAAGCUUCAUGUCCAUUCCCCCCCCCAAAAAAAACACUAAAAACAGUUACACACUGUUCUUCUCUUCACGACACACAUCAAACAAAGAAACCAAGACAAAGCUUUAUCAUACAUAGUAUUAACUAUAUGUAUUAUCAGUUUUUAUUAUCAUUCAGUCUAAACUCUUCUUAAAGAGUUUUAAUCUUUCUUAAAGCAAAUUUACAAUUUAAAUUUGUUCUCACAAAAAAUACACAUCAAUGUCCCCUCAUGGGUGUGCAGUAAAUAACAAAGAAAAUAACAGAGUGACGAUCACUUAUGUCUGAGAAUGCUAUAUUCAAAUGAUACAUAAAAUAUUAUUGUACACAUUACCAAGUGAUUAAGUCAAAGAUCUGUAUAUCUAAUUUUUCUCAGAAAUAAUCACUACUGACAAAUAAACACAAUCUCCAUGUAUAUUGCUUUUUUUCUUCUAUUUUUACAGAAUCUAAUAAGGCCAAAAUCAAUGUCUUUAGUUCAAGGGGUAAAUCAAAUAUCUACACAUACAAAAUGAUUUUAAUUAUCCUGCUACUAGAGGAGUGGUAAACCCAGCAAAGAAUUGACAAGUGCUAUGUAUACUCAAUGUUUAUUCAUAGAUGGAGAAAAAUAAGGUAUUACCUCAUAUAAUUGCAUACAUUAGAAAAGCUAGCUUCAAAUUCGCUUAUUAGAUCUUCAAAUAUGAUUGACCAGGACAACAUAAAGUAAUGUUAUCCUAAUGUCAGAUAUUCAUAUCAUGUAAAAAAAAAAAAAAAGGUUGUAAUCCCCAG